AUGGUGAACGUGAGGAAGAUCUACGACGUCAUCCAUGGGUUAAAGCCGGUGCUGUUGAUGGUUGUGGUGCAGGCUACGCUCGCCGGACUUAAUGUGUUCUACAAAUUGGCGGUUAAUGACGGCAUGAGUCUUCCCGUUCUUAUUGCUUACCGCUUUAUCUUCUCCACUGCACUCAUUCUUCCCCUUGCACUUAUUGUUGAAAGGAAGAAAAGGCCGAAAUUGACAUGGAUGGUACUCUUGCAAGGUUUUUGCUGUGGCCUAUUUGGCGGCGCGUUGGCACAAAAUUUCUACAUAAAAGCUUUAUCCUUGACGUCAGCGACAUUCGUCGCGUCGACUACCAAUCUAAUGCCUGCAAUUACGUUUGUCCUAGCAGUUUGCUUUAGGAUGGAAAGGUUGGGUUGGAAGACAACUCCUGGUGCAGCAAAGAUUUUGGGGACUAUGUUGGGGGUUGGUGGUGCCAUGUUGUUGACUUUUUACAAGGGAGCUGACCUUCAUUUGUGGAAGACCAAUGUUGACCUUUUGCAUGGUCAACAUCAUGGAUCAGGUGGUCAAAAUUCAAGCAAUAAUAUGGUCUUGGGUUCUUUAUUGGCUAUUGGUAGUUGCAUCAGUUACUCAAUCUGGUUGAUUAUUCAGACAAAUAUGGUUAAAGAAUACCCUUCCCCUUAUUCAGUCACUGCUCUAACAUCGACCAUGGGUGCGGUUCAAGCAGUCGUGUUUGGGCUAUGUACUGAAAGACAUUGGAGUGCAUGGAAGCUCGGUUGGAACGUUAGACUUCUAACAGUGGCUUAUGCGGGCAUGUUGGCAUCUGGAUUGAUGUUUACGCUUAUCGCAUGGUGUGUGCAAAUGAGAGGUCCAUUGUUUGUAUCGGCUUUCAAUCCUCUAUCUCUUGUUCUUGUAGCGAUUGCUGGAUCUUUAGUCUUGAAUGAAAGCCUACACGUGGGAAGUGUGUUGGGUGCAAUAUUGAUAAUCUUCGGACUCUACUUCGUAAUAUGGGGCAAAGGCAAAGAGGUGAAGAAGGUGGCCAAGUUGUGUCCCAUGAAAGAGUCUAGCAUAGGAACCGACAGUUGUGCCAUUGCUGGUGAAUCAGAAUGCUCGAAUAUCUUCGGAGUUGUUGGUGACAGUGAAUCAAAACCCUCGAGUGAGCAAAUCGGCAACGGUGAAUCAAAACGUAUUCAGGUUGUUGUCACUUCAUCAGAGUGA